AUGACAGACACUGAUGACAAAAAGCUGGAAGAAGGCCAAACAGAGGCUGAAUAUGGAGGCUGCGAGGGACCAAAUGCUAUGUAUGUCAAGCUGAUAUCCAGUGAUGAUCAUGAAUUCAUAAUCAACAGGGAUUAUGCCUUGACAUCAGGAACAAUCAAAGCCAUGUUAAGUGGUCCAGGUAAGAUCUGUGCAGUACCUCCAAAACCUCCAACAAUCAGUGUUGCAAAAAAAAGUUGUGAUAAAGUUGACCUUGUCUCUAGUAUCUCAGUGGCGUACAAAUUUCCUGUGUGACAGAAUACUGUGAUCAUUUGACUCAAGACAAUAGUUCGCAUACACUGUACAAUCAAAAAUGCUUCUAGAAAAUAUGAAAGUGCUUAAUUGUUACUGUCAAGUGUAGUCCUGUCAUUGGUAUUUUUUUUUUAUUUUGAUAUUAGAAUGUAUGUUACCUGUUACAAUAUUAUUUUAAGUAUAGAAUUUAAGGAUUUAAAGUUCAAAUGGCAACCAGGUGGACAAUCAGACAUGGUUUGAUGCUACUCUGAUUUACAGAUUUAAUGAAUGUAACCAAAGAAGUUACAAUUCAUAGACCCAACAUUUCGACACUCCUGUCCAGUGCCUUCAUCGGGGGUGAUCUACACGCUGCAACAAGAGGUCCUUUUAUACAAUCACUAAUUAGCUGCCUUUUUCUGGCGAGGGGUAAAUAGGCAUCAGGAAGUAAGCCGCCAUCACUUCUUUGGUUACAUUCAUUAAAUCCGUAAACCAGAGUAGCAUCAAACCAUGUCAGAAUUUAAGGACUUCAAAAUAACAAAAUAACGUUUCCAAGAGAGAUAUUACUUUCAUAGAAUCGUGUACCUCAUCUCAAACUGCUAAAUAACAAAAUACAAAUUUCAUGUAACAUGAAAAUUAAUAGAUGUUGUUAUACUCAAUUGUUUCUCACAUAGGCCAGUUUUCAGAGAAUGAAACCAAUGAAGUUUACUUCAGAGAGAUUCCGUAAGUACAAAAUACGUGGUGCCUUAAAACUUUUAGUCUCUGUCUUCUACAAUGACUUUUUUGCCCACUGUAAAUACCAUUGUGAUACUGUCUUCUCUAGCAGUCAUUAGCAGAAGUGUCUAUGGUAGCUGCAUUUAUGUGGAAUGAAAUUCUGUGGAUCAAUAACUAACAAAUUAUUGAAAUCUAGCUACUUUUAUAACUAUGUAGCAUGAUUAGGGGAAUUUUUAGGGGUAUUUAUAAUAUACAUGAAAAAAUUAUGCAUGUCUGAUUGAUUGGCUGAAAACGAGUGCAUUCUCAUGUAACAUGAGUGCAAAGUUGUAACACAGGUGUAAAUUACAAAUGGCGUGUGCUGUCAAAAUUUAUGUUUGUCUUGACUAUUUGUGAUGUUUUUUCAUGUGUAUUAUUAACAAGUAAUAAGAUGAUUUCUUGUGCAAUGUGGUGUCAAUAAGCACUUGUAAAUGUUUCAAAGACUGCAAAUUGCAUUUGCCCCUAUAGGCUCAUGUAAUUUUGUUGUCUUGAAAUUUACUUUUGCUUAUUAACACCAAAUUGCACUCAAAAUAAUGUUAUUACCUAUACUUUAACACUACAUGUAAUAGCCCUUGGAGGGUUUUAUAGCUCAAAUUACCCUUGACGUCCACAUGUUAAGGUUGUGAUACACUGUUCUUAAUAAUUGACAAUGCUUUGCCUAUAGAUUUGUUCCAAAUUGUUCCUAUUUAUCUUUCUUAUGGCAAACUUCUUUUGGAUGCUGCACCUUUUUAAGAAGUUCCCUAAAGAUGCCUUAUAAAGGCACUAUCAAAUGAAUUAAAAUAAGCCUUUUAGUAAAUAAUUUACUUUUAUAAGGAUUAUUAUUUAGUAAUCAAUGUGGCUAUUUUGGACAAUUGGAAUGCAUAUUCAGGUGUUCUAGAAUUUUGCAGUGCAUUUGAUAUGCCACUGGUUGGAACUGCAUUAUUUAAGAAAUACAACAGACAAAGUAUAAUUGCUAAAGUAUUAUAUACUUGUUAGUGGACACAGCUCAAAGGCUGGGGGAGGGGGGAGGAGGGCAGAAAAUCUUCUAAAUAAGUGAUUCAGAUUAAACACACCAAAGUUAGGAUGCUUAAAGUGUGGGACAUAAAACAGUUGGGUAUUUACAAGGGUGGCAUAGGACUAGAACCUGUGACCUCUGCCUUGCUGCUGUAUCAUGGCUAGUAAUAUAUAUCCAGUAUUCUGGAUUGUGAUCUCUUUCCUAGAGGUAUGCUUUUUCACAUAUGGCUUUAUGAAGGGAAAGGGUUAAAGCAAUGCUUUGCCUGGCCUUUGUUGCUGUAUUCUAUCCUUGUUAAGGUUGAUUAGUUUCAAUUUAUGUGUGACAUAUGACAUGUUUUAUGACUGACAAUAGAUAACUCUAUUACAGUUCACAUGUGCUGGCCAAAGUGUGUACUUAUUUCAUGUACAAAGUACGAUACACCAACAGCAGCACAGAAAUUCCAGAAUUUCCCAUUGCCCCAGAGAUUGCACUGGAGUUGUUGAUGGCUGCCAAUUUUCUGGAUUGUUGAUUUUUUCAGAUGAGUGUCUUCGGUGUAGAUUAUGGUUUGCCAAGCUGUUUUUGCAUGACUUGUAUUGCUAUUAUAAUCCUAACUGAUAUUCCAUUAGUAUCCUUAUUGGUAUUAUGCACAUAUUUUUAUCUUUAAAUGUUUACCUCUUUAUAUAACUCCCCAACAGAAAUCUACAGUUGACAUAACAUUGUGUUACAAUUUGGUGGUAUGGACACAAACCUAUAAAUACCCUAUUUCCUCAAAAUAACUUCAUUAACUGCAGUCUCAAUUGAUCUUUUAUGUAACCAUCUUCUACUGAUCAAGGAAAACAGACAGGUUAACGUUGAUAAGCAAGGUUAAAACAAAUCAUUUUAGGUGCAGUAUUACCCAAAUAACUGGUAUGAUCAUGAAAUUACAUUCUAUUUUCUGUUUCAAUUUACAUGUUUGUUGCACAAAAGCAAGUUUGAUUACAAGGGAGUGGAAAAGAGGGUUUUCAUUAUAUUUAAAUAUAACCAUUACAAGAGCCUUUUUCACAUAUGAGAUUUACUGUGCAAAUUUUUUUAAAAACUGCUUUAAAAUGAUAACUAUACAUAAGUCACUAUCAUAAGUGUAAAAUUACAAAAACACAUUUUAUAUUGAUGUACUUUUUGUUAACUUUGUUGGCUCGAUAAGUGAACCAAGGAUAACCUGACUUGUUUUUGUAAAAUUUCUGUGAGAAAUCCUCCAAAGAAAAACAAUAAAGGGUCAUAAAAAGUAAUUUUAAUGAUUAUGGUUUCAGUGAAUUAUUAUUUGAUGCACAGUCAUUUUGAUUUUUUUAUCACAAGAGAAGUUUCAAACUAUUUUAGGAUAGCUAAGAGUGUAAUGUCAAGGAUAUUGAACCAAUUACUCUUUUCAGAAUCAACAGAGAAUUGUGAAAAGCCCUAAACUAUACUAAAGUUAUGAUGGAUAAUUGUAAAAAAGAAGAGAUUUCAUUAUCAUAUGUGGCAGCAUUUAUGAGGCAAAGAAAGACAGUUAUGAACACCAAAGGGAGUGGCAGGAAAGAGGUGUUCUUUUUGGCAUGGUCACAACCAGAACCCCAGUUCAUCUUUAUUUACAUUAUCAUUGUAUCAACUUUGUGUCAAUGUUCCUAUCCUAGCAGUAUGCAGAAAGUUUGUUGAUAUGAACCUAUUAUGACAGCCUAGCCUGCUACAAGUCUCCCGUAGUCCCAUAUAGUCUCCUCUCAGAAGGUUUGAUCCCUAUUGGGAACACUCAGAGUUCUUUCUCUUCAAGUGUGCUUGUGUCAUACAUUGAAUGAUGUCAUCUUUAAGGAUCUCAGUUGUUUUAGAGUGUCUUAUGACACUUAGCACCACCAGCAUUUUAAGUACCCAUUAAAUUAAGAUGGUUUAUGGUAUUCCCUCAACAUUUCCAAUGUCAAAGAGGCUCUUUAAUGACAGGAAGAGCUCAUCCUCACUACAUCCACAAGCAAAGUUUUUUUGAAAUAACUAAAGCAUGGAUCCCAUUAUCACAAAACACAGCAACAGACAGGAGAACUGUGAGGCAACAAACUGAUAAGGGAACAAUUCAGCAAAGGAUAAAGAAUGCAUUGCAGCACUACAGAUAAUGAAAAAAAGCCAAUCACAGCAUUGGAAACCAACCAAUCACUGCAGAGCAGCAUGCUUCAUAAGAUUACAUUAAAAAAAGUGAUCCUUAUCAUAUGAUACCCAGCAGGCAUUGGGAACAUUGUUUUAUAUGGGGUAGUUGAUUACAUUGUGAGACAAAUGAUAAAACUUGUACUCCCUAACAUCAGUAUGAAUAUUCUCCUUACUGUUCUGUAUACACUCUUAGGUGCAGACAUGGAGAAUUUAUUUAACAAUCAAGAGCUUCUUUAUUUUGUGAUCAUUUCCUAUAUUCUCUUGACCUUAAUGUUUGAUUCAGGGGUGAUAUUGUAAGGAGAAAUUAGAUGCUAGUCUUUUUUAGGAGGUCAAAGGGUCAAAAAUUUAACUUAAUCUCACAGGAACUUUUGGUGGUUUUAAAAGAUUUAAUUACUUAAAGUGGGCAAUAACAACAACAUUAAAAUAUUUCAUGUAUAAUUUUAUGCAUUAUGAAGUGGUUUUGAUAUUCAUCUUUACUGAGAAGAUCAUUCUGCAGAUUAUUUGCUUUCCAUUCUUCAAAAGUCAUUUACUCUCAAUUUCUGUACUUUUUAUGGGUUUCAAGGGGCUGGAGUAAGUUUGCCAGGUGUGCAGUUGUUAAUGAAGAUAGGUAAAACUUGGGGGGCAUUUUAAUGAUAAAUUUAUAUUUUGUGACUGUCUAUUGUAUUACUAGAGUUAUUUUCCACAGGUGAUACCAUAAUUCAAGCCUCAACUUUCAAUUGGAGUUUUUAAGUGUAGCCCUGACCACAGGAAAUGGUUUGAGCCCAAGAUUUAAACCAGAAAGCACUCUUCUUAGUGAUUGUAAUUCAUAUACAUGUAGCAAAAACUACUACAACCUGAAAAAAGAAAGUUGCAUGCAGCACCAGUAAUUAGGUUGAUGAAUGACAUACUGGUUUAAUAUGGCUUCUAAAGUACACAACUAAGGCAGUAAUCUUACCUGGAAAUACAGUUGCUUGAUCAUACUUUAAAGAAACCAUCCUAUUAACACAGCAUAUUUAUUGUGGAAUUUAAACCUCCCACACCUUGUUGUAGCAUAUAAGAAUUGCUGCUGAUGCAAAC